GUUCUUCUUCCUGAACUGGGGAGGAAUGUUCCUGAGGAGGGGCUGCAAGGGCAGCACGUGGGGUUAUAAAAACCGUCAUCAGGAGAGGAGCCCGAGAGAAGAGGAGAAUGGCAGAGAUGUAUGACUCCAAGGAGCCAGGGGACCCCGAGGAGGAGAUGUUUGGGGGCCAGAGAGUAAAGAAGAAAUACACCAGACUACUCAGGAGCUCAAGGAACUUGCCAGACUGUCUGACCCGGGCCCAAUUGCCUUUGCUGCUUCUUCUCAUCUCUUUGGGCUUCUUCAUGCUCCUGGUGACCACCCUGGUUCAAGUCUCCAGGAUUCACCAAUCCCUGCAGAAAGACACGUGGGACCGUCAGGAGAGCCCAAGCCAAGUGGAUGUUUCUCAGGAGCCGACACGCUCAGACCUGGAGGAGAUCCUCCAGCAGCUGACCUGGAUGAAUGCCACCCUGGCUGGCCUCUGCCGCCCCUGUCCCUGGAAAUGGGAACUCUUCCAGGGAAGCUGCUACUUCUUCUCCCAGACCCAGAACAUCUGGAAAGAUGCCAUCUCUGCGUGUCAGAACUUGAGGGCCCAGCUGGUGAUCAUCAACAAUACUGAGGAGCAGAAAUUUCUGAAGUCUUGGAAUACGAGAAAUAACCAGCGCACCUGGAUCGGCCUCAGUGACCACCACAGCGAGGGUUCCUGGAAAUGGGUGGACAACUCUCCCCUGCAACUCAGCUUCUGGAAAGAAGGGGAACCCAACAACCACGGAGACGAAGACUGUGUAGAAUUGUACAGCGAUGGCUGGAAUGAUAACAGAUGUAGUACGGAAAACUUCUGGACGUGCAAGAAGCCCUUGUCCCCCUGCCCUGGCUCCUGAGGGCCAAUGUCCCCGCCCCCCCCACCACCUGUCUCCAGGGAUGAGGCAGCUUGGACAUUCUGCUUGUUUCCCUGGCUGCAUUCUUUCUGCUUCUCUGUCUGGUGAAUUGCAUCCUCCUCCUGCAUGGAGGUCUUUGCAAUCCCGAGAGAGUGUCUGAGACCCCCUUCUCCUCUAAGGCCUGUCCCUCUAUAGGCUAUAGACCUCUCCCUUCUUCUGUUGAUGGUCUCGACCGCCCAACUCCCCCCAUGACAUCUCCUUAAUAAAGUCGCACAUUGCAUUAUGUGCUCCGUUGAA